AUGAUCAGAAUGCGCUCCUCCUCCCUCCUUAAGUCCUCACCUCUCCUUCUCAGCCUCUUGCGACUCGUGUCGGCUCAGAGCAUUGUUCCGACAUCGUCAUCCGCCCAAUUCCCUAGCUGCGCUGUCAAUUGUGCGGUCCUACUCCAGGCACAGACCGCUUGUGUGCCCCCAGCCCAACCCGCCACAAAUCAAAUCACAUACGAGAAUUGCUUCUGUCAGAGCAGCUUCCUGCAGGCACUGUACGGCUCUCCAGACGCCAUCUGCACUGCCGAAUGCACGAGCGAGUCUGACAGAGACCUGCUGCAAACAUGGUUCACAAAUUUCUGUCAACAGGUGGGUCGCGGCAUCGAUCCGUUAGAGACCACGACCUCCACCUUCCAACCGAGCUCUACAACUGUUGUGACCAUCACGAGUACUUCUACACCUCCUCCGACAGCUACAAACACCGGGACAGGAAGCGCAUCUGCGCCUGCCCCUCCUUCACAUCAGUCCUGGAUCGAUGGUCAUUGGCGAUGGAUCCUCAUGCUUGGAAUUCUCGCAGUUGGAUUUGCCCUGCUUACGUGGCUUGCCAUCUGGUUCAAGCGGCGACAACACAGGAAGAGCGAGGAACGAAGGGCAGCAGCUUCGGGAUUCCCACCCGCCGAUGGGAGAGGAGACGGUAGGGCGGCAACUCCUGAUAUCUGGGGUCCGCAUCAGCAUAUGCAUUAUACAAAAGGUUGGGAAUAUCACAAUGACCCAGCCGUUCUGGGAGGCGGCGCGCUCGCAGCGUCUUCCAGCAAGCGUGACAGAAGGUCCAAGAGACUCUCUUCUCAACGCAAACAUCGGGAUAUCCCUGAGAUGACCGAAAUGGACGGCAGCAGACCACCUGCAUCACGGCGGCACUCUUCAUCUAAAGGCAAAGAUAGGGCGACAGAUGAAAUCCGACCAGUUGAAUCCGAAACAAGGCACGCGGAUAGAAGCCGUAGCAGGAGCACAAAGCAGAGGGAUCUGGACAGUGAUACAGAGAGAAGCCAGGUCGACUCGGAACACCAAAGACGGCUCCGCGAGGUCAGGGGAACACGACGAAAGAAAGAUGCUGACCACACAUGA